CAGCCGAGCGCCGACCGGACCGGGCUGACCCCGCUGCUCCACCGGCUGCGGCUCAAGGACCAUGACUGUGCCACCCCAGUGUCCCGUGCCUGGGGCCCCUGCAGCAGAGUCACCAAGGUGCCUUGCACUCCUGGACCCCUGCGAAGUGCUACCCUGCUCCCCCCCAGCAGCACCACCUCAAUGCCUUGCACCCCAGGGCCCCAGAACAGCACCACUUUGGAGCCCUCCAGGACUUCUGCCCUGGGCCCCCACAGCUCGGAGCUCCCCAGGACUCCCACCCUUAAGCCUGGUGCCUCUGAGGCCCCCAGCAAUCCCGCCGUUAUGCCUGGUGCCUUGGAGCCCACCAGCAGCACCAGCCCAGAGGCCCCUGGCAGUCCUAUUCCAAAGGUUAGCACCCCAAAGCACCCUGACAACACUGUGCCAGCACCUCUGUUCAGCCUGGUCCAGAGGCUCAGCAACACGGAGCUCUCCAGCAUCACUGUGCCAGCCUCCGUGUGCAGCUCCAUCCCAGUCCCCAGCACCCUAGAGCCCUCUGGAAACACUGUGCCAGCUCCCCCGUGCAACUCCAUUCCUGUGCCCAGCACCCUGGAGUCCUCUGGAAAGGCUGUGCCAGCUCCCCUGUACAACUCCAUCCCUGUGCCCAGCACUCCUAAGUCCCCUGGCAGCGCCAUAAAAGCUCCCCUGUGCAGCUCUAUCAUAGGACCCUGCACCCCAGGGCCUCCUGGCACCAGCUCCACCCCACAGAAUGUUUCUUUCCAUGGGUGGCAAGUGGCACCCCCAGACUUUUCCUGCAGCCCUGUGGCCUCUGAGUCCCCUCCUGGAGAUAAGAGUGCUGGUCCUCUGCCUUGCCAAGGCACCCCUGAGGGAGCCGAGUCCCCUGCCCCUGCCCCUCCAGAGCAGAGCCCACCUGGACUUGCUUCCAUCGGGACAAGUGUGUUGGAGCCUGCUGGGUCUGAGGCAAGCAUCGCCCCUGUCACCUCUCCUGAGCUGGCCCCAGGUGCUGUGUCCUGGAUGUUACCACUGGAGUGGCUGGAGAAGACCCUCAAUGUCCCAUCUCUGAUGGAAUCCCUGCAGCACAGCCUGCCCCUCCACAUGCCACAGCAAGAUGCCAACUGCAGUGUCACCCCUGUGUCCACCGCGGUCACGGGCACCAGCAAGACCCCAGUGGCUAGCGUGGAUGCUGGCACCAGCAUGACCCCUACCCCUGUGGCCAGCGUGGUGGCUGGCACCAGCAAGACCCCUGUGGCCAGCGUGGUGGCUGGCACCAGCAAGACCCCUGUGGCCAGCGUGGUGGCUGGCACCAGCACGACCCCUGUGGCCAGCGGGGUUGCUGGCACCUUCGUGACCAUCCAGGACCUGUGGGAAAGGAGCAUAAACAGAUCUGGGGGAGGCCUGCUCUGUGCCAAGGACAGUGCUACGGAAACAGACUCCUUGCUCUGGCGCUGUCCCCCGGAGGAGCUGAAGACCCUGCCACGAGCAGAGCUGGAGGGGCGGCUGGAGAGCACACUCAUCAUCAUCGAAGCCCUGGCGCUCCAGCUGCGGGGCUUGCAGGGGAGCCAGCGGUUGCUGCCUGGUGUGGGGCCGGCUGAGCAGCGGGACGCGAUCACACAGACGGACAUCACCCGCCCUGAAGGGACCACCUGGAGGAGCCAGUGCCUCCUGUUCCGGGGCCUCGUGGAUGCCGCCUUUCAGAGAUUGCAGGAUGAGAAGGGAGCCCUCACGCAGGAGCGGGAGCAGGUGAGGGCCCUGGUGUCCCGGUGCAAGGCUGUGCUGGAAAGAGUGCCCAGCAAACUGAAGAGCUGCCUGGAGGAGCGGGAUGUCAUGAGGCAGCGAGCAGAUGAAGCCCUACGAGCCAAGGAGGAGGGCUAUCGCUUCCUGGAGGCCUUCCGUGCCCACGCCAGUGCCCAGAUCAGUGCCCGUGACCAGAGCUUGGCCUCCCAGAGAGAGCUGUGCACCCUGCUGGCAGAGGCCAUCGACCUGCAGAAAUCCCUGUCUGCCGAGGCUCAGGCUUUCCGGAAAAUCAGAGAUGUCACCUUUGAAAAUCUGCAGAAGGAAAGGAAAGCCAUGAAUGUGGAGCGGGAGCAGGUGAGGGCCCUGAUGUCCCGGUGCAAGGCUGUGCUGGAGCAUGUGCCCAGCAAGCUGCGGAGCUGCCUGGAGGAGCGGGAUGCCAAGAGGCAGCAAGCAGAUGAAGCUCUUCAAGCCAAGGAGGAGGUGUCCCACCAGCUGCAGGAGACCUCGAUGGCCCUGCAGAACGCGGAGGCUCAGCUGGAGCAGCUGACGGUGGCCAACUCACGCCUUGAAACAGACCUGAGCUCUGCGAUGACAAAUCAUGCCAGUGUGGAGCAGGAGCGGGAUGCACUGCAGCAGGAUAACAAGAAGCAGCAAGAGAAGAUGGACGAGCUGGCACUGGAGAACAAGACCCUGAAGGGGAGGUGUGAUGAGCUGUGCCAGGAGCUGCUGGAGGCCACUGAGUGGCGGGAGUUCCUUGAUCAGGAGAACAACAUGUCCCGCAUGCAGCUGCUGGAGGUGGAGGCCAGGCUGAACUCCACACAGGCCACUCUGCAGGAGCGUACCCGGCAGCAUGAGAAGCUGAUGGAUUCCCACCAACGCCUGCGGGAAGAGCAAGCUGCCCUGAGCAAGGAGGUAGAGAGCACCAAGGCUGAGCUCCUCAAUGUGCAGAUGAAGAGGAGCAAAGUUUCCUGGUGCUCCAAGGACAUUGCAGAGUGCCACACGCGGCUGCAGGAGCUUGCUGACUGCCUCAAGGCCGCUCUAGAAGAGCAGGAUAACGAUGAUGCCCCGUCGAGAAGCAAAGCCUGGACCCCGGCAGGGCGGGCCACAGGCUGGCAGACACCCCGGCGUGCCUGGACCCCUGCCUUCCGCACGCCAGCACACCGCACCCCACACUGCACCGGCAGCUCCUUCGUGGGCAGCGUCCUGAAAGCCAUGUCAGGGAAAGAUGCCAAUGAAGCCACCAGAGGUGGGAGUGCUGUUACCAAGGACAAACUCACAUCCACACCAAAGCCAGAAGAUCCUGAGGAGAGUCUGCUGGAGAGCGUGAAAGAGCUGAAAGCUGUGGUCUCCAACCUUGCCAUGCUGAGCUUCCGCAUCCAAGAGCUGGAGCAGAGCGAGUUCAAGGCACUGCAGAUGGAGAUUUCCAACUUGCAGCUCCGUCUGGAGAUGGUGACAGAGGAGAACCAGGAGAAGAUGGAUGUCCAGGCUGCCACCAUUGCCAAGCUGAACAAGGCACUGAGGACCAAGAUCGAGAGUGAGAAGGAGCUGCAGGACGUGGUGAAACAGCAGGAAGAGAAGAUGUUGAAACUCAUCGACAAGAGUGGGGAAGUCACGAUGCUUAAGGAAGAGGUCUCCCAGCUGAAGCGCUCACUCCAGCGUGCAGAGACAGAGGCCAAGGUGCUGUGGGAGGAGAUGCGGGACAAGGAGCCCAAGGUGGACACUGCCCACGUCCAGGACCGGGUCUGGCUACGGCAGGAGGUGGAUAAACUACGGCUGCUGCUCCUGGAAAAACGGGAUGAGAAACGGCUGCUCUAUGACAAGUGCCUGGCACAGGAAGCGAUGCUCCGUGAUGUCCAGAAAGAGCGCAUGAAAGAGCUGAGGACCCAGGAGGAGAUGAAGGAGAAGAUGAAAGAGGUCCUGUCAGCCAUCCCUGAGGUGGCAGUGGUCUGCCAGGAGUUCCACAGCCUGCUGCGGUACCUGGGCCUGAAGCCAGACAGCAAGGAAGCUGCUGAGCCGCUGCCCCAAAACCCCUAGCCUGAAACCUUUCUGUUCCUAAUGUUAUAAUUGUUUAUUGAAUAAAGUUUUGU